AUGAACUCCACAGGCGUUGUUUCUAGCUUGGACAGUAUUCAAUCGUUUGAUUCUUUCGACACUGUCAUAGCAAUUGACUCUUCAAACGAUGUCAUUUCUUCUUCGCAAACUCUGGAAGCGUUGACCAACCUAUUGAGCACCAGCGAAGAGUGGCAAACCAACGGUGAUGUGACUUUUAUGAAGAAUAUUCGUGUAAUGGAAAUGCUUUCGUAUCAUUUACCAAUGAUGGAGAGUUCCACACAGCUACAGGUCAUUGAUCGUCUAAUAUGUUUUGCGGAAUAUAGUGACAUGAAUAAGUGGAUCAUGUUUAAGACAAACAUAACUAGUAAACUAUUGACCAUUAUAAUAUGGAAAUCGUGGGACAGGAACGAAGUUGCUGAAAAGACCAUGAGAUUAUUAGAAAUUGUGUGUUCAUAUUCUGUCAAAGUCUCAGAUGUAAAGUUGAUAUUGAAUAAGAUUUGUAACAAGAAUGAUGGAGACUCCGCUCAACUUCAAGAGGGUUCUGCGUGGUAUCAAGGCGCUUUGUUAAAAUUAUUAUAUUCCAUCGCUCCGAAACAAAAUACCAUGGAUUUCAUUUAUUUCAAAGGUAUUGAAUCUGGUAUAGAACUAUCACCCAUGGAGAAAUUCCCGACAAAUGG